AUGGAGUCAUACAAAACCCUAGAAAUCGUUCGCAAGAACACAGAUUCCUCCGUAUUUCACCUCAUCCUCAACAGACCAUCACAGCUCAACGCAUUAUCACUCGAUUUCUUCGUCGAAUUCCCCGAAGCUCUAUCCUCACUCGACAAGAACCCAGAUGUCUCCGUCAUCGUCCUUUCCGGCGCCGGAAAACACUUCUGCUCCGGCAUCGACCUCAAUUCCCUCUCCUCAAUCUCGGAACGAGCCGAGUCAGGUCGUGACAGAGCACGCUCGAGCGAGCAUCUUCGCCGGAAGAUCAAGUCGAUGCAAGCGGCGAUCACGGCGAUCGAACAGUGCCGAAAACCUGUAAUCGCCGCUAUACACGGCGCGUGUAUCGGAGGCGGUGUCGAUCUCGUCACAGCCUGCGACAUUAGGUACUGCUCGGAGGACGCUUUCUUCGCCAUCAAGGAGGUUGAUUUAGCGAUCGUCGCCGAUCUCGGUACACUCCAGAGGCUACCGAGCAUCGUCGGGCACGCAAACGCCAUGGAAUUGGCGUUAACGGCUCGAAGAUUCUCGGGACGUGAAGCCAAGGAUCUCGGUCUCGUUUCUCAGGUCUUCGGAUCUAAAUCGGAGCUCGAAAUCGGCGUCACCACGAUCGCCGAAGGAAUAGCAGAGAAGUCUCCUUUAGCUGUGACAGGGACGAAGGCAGUGUUGUUAAGAAGCAGAGAGAUGAGUGUAGAACAAGGGCUUGACUAUGUAGCUACUUGGAACUCUGCAAUGCUUAUAUCAGACGAUCUCAACGAAGCUGUUUCUGCUCAGAUUAUGAAACGACGACCUCGUUUUGCAAAACUCUGA